CGCGCGAUGUUGUUUUGCAUGACGUCAUUAGAGGCUUGACCAAUCUGAACAAUUGAAAACAAUGGUUCUAGUUCCUUCGCGCGUGAUUGUGAAACAUGUAACAAUCUAAUCUGAGAAAAUUUCAGUUUAAAGAGAGCGGGUUUCCCCUGGCCAUCGCAGAGUAAUUUCUUAAGAGCAUUGCGUCGCAAGAAAAAGGCAAAUAACCUGGACAGUGCAAAUAUUUUCAAGCUCAAAGAAAGCUCUGAUGGAGGACUACAGUUACCUGUUUAAAAUUAUACUGAUUGGCGAUGCAAACGUCGGAAAAACAUGCCUGGUAAAAAGAUUUACGAAAGGAUUCUUUACCCCAACCCAAGGGCCGACGAUCGGUGUGGAUUUCACAAUCAGAACAGUGGAAGUAGACGGCGAAAAAGUUAAGGUAUAAACUGGGUUGCCAUCCGGAAAAUUUACACUGCAAACCAUUCACCUUGCUUGCGCUUGCACUCAGCUGGAAGAUGCUAUUUUCGGCUUGCGGAUUAUAAAUGGCGCAUGAUUUUUUCCUAUCUUCAAAUUUUCAUUUUUUGUGAUAUUAUUUUUAUAACUGCUUAGUAUUUUUUGGCAUUUUAAAAGAAACCUUUGCUGUUGAAAAUUAUUUUUUUUUACUUGGCUUGCUUCCGUGAUUUUUUAAAGUUUGUUUUGUAAUUUACGACGCCAUAAUAUUAUGAAUUGCAUACCAAAACAGGCGAUUAUUAACUUUAAAAUGUAUAACUCUCCAAACCUGCUCGUUAAAACGUAAGCAAUAGUUACUGAUUUCAUCAUUCUAUUUUUUGGUGAAUUAUAGUCAACGUGUGAUGGGGUAGUUUAGUUUUACAGGCAGAUUUGAAAAUCCGGAAUUGUACUUUUCACGUCAUCUUAAAACCGUGAGAUCAUUUCUUAACUUAUUUGGUACCCGUUUUCUGGCUAGUAUCCAUAAAAACGUCAAUAUAUUCUUCUGAUUCUUGUCUGCUAAUAUUUUAAAUUGAAAUGCUUGGAGCAAAACCAUAAUUAGGCUUAGCACAAGAGCAGACGUUCCUCUUGAUUUCGUGCAGAGCGUGAGUUCGUUUUCGCUCUAUCUCAGUUGGGGCUAUCUGAAAACUUCCGUCCUGUAAUUGUUAAAUUAAGUUUGUUUAUUAUUUUUCCAUAUGUCUACUUUUCAAAGGUUUCUGUGUUAUGUUUAAUUUCAAUUCCAUUAUUUAUAAUUACUUUUUCCCAAUGGGGAAAGAGUCAUUUACUGAAUUCAAAUAAUUAGAAACUAAGCAUUGAGUAUAAAUCCAAUUUAUUUUAUGUACUUUUUGUAAAAGUAAUUUAUGUUUUUAUCACCUUAAAACAAUAAAAAUAAAUUUGUGGAUUGUUUGGGGUUACUUUAAAGGGAAUUUAAAUAUUACAAGUCAUUACUGAAAAUAUACAAAAGUAAUAACCAUAAAAGAUAAGAAGCACGCAAAAGCCAAAACUAUAUUCAAAAGCCAAGAGUAUGAAAAAGUCAAAAGUUUUGUGUUAUUCCAGGUUUUAUACUACAUUAUAAUUUUAUACAUCAUGUACUGAGAGUUUUUUUUUUCUGUAGCUGCAAGUGUGGGAUACAGCUGGCCAAGAACGUUUCCGCUCAGUUACACACAGUUAUUAUCAUAAUGCUGAUGGUGUUAUAAUCACUUACGACAUUACCAGCAGGAAGUCAUUUCAAAACUUAAAUCAAUGGCUUGAGGAUGUUCACCGAUUCACCAGCAAAAAAGUGCUCAUGUACAUUGUUGGAAACAAAUGUGACCUUGUUCAUCAGAGACAAGUUGAUUUUAGGAGUGCUGAAACAGUUGCCGAGAAAGAACAUUGUGUUGCUAUGGAAACAUCUGCAAAAGAAGCCGACAAUGUAGAGAACUUGUUUAUGAGUCUUGCAACACAGCUUAAGAGAAGAAUUAAAGGUGAAGAGGGAACUGAAACAACAGAUUCUUCAGCUGCUGGUGAAAGCAGUUCUUCAGGAUCAGUCACUCUUGGAGGACAUACAGUUUGUGCACGAGGACCUCUGUCUUGUUGUAGAGUAUAGAGAUUAAUUCAGUAAGAAAUAUCUGCAUUCAGACAUGACCAUACAGGUUUUCUUUUGUUGAAAUAAUUACCAAAUUAUUAGUUUUAGUUUUGCCUAACCACAUUUUACCCCAAAUUAUAGUGCCCAAAAAAAAUCACAAAAGAUGGAAAUUGGCAAAUUUCUUUUUGUAAAGUCCUUAUAAUAGGAAAAACUAAAGAGUAUGCAAAAGCAGGGGUAGGUGUGGCUUCCUGUAAGCUGUUAUACACAUGCAGAUGUGGAAUGUUGAAGAUAAGAAAAAAAUGAAUGGUUGUGUAAAAAAAUUUUGUCUACUAAGAUUCAAAAGUAAUAGAUCAGUCACAAAUUGAUCAACACCUGUUAACUUCAUCUAGGGGAAUAUUAUAUUAAAAGUGGUGAGUAUGUAUGAGAAUUACUAAAAAUAUAAUGAGCUUUAGUAUUGGUUAGCUGAUCAAGGCCAUGAAAGUUUUCAAGAGAUAAGUAAUAAUAAUGAAAUAUAUAAAUAAUAAUUACUUAUUUAUCCUAAAUAGUUUACUAUUUAUAUAUGAAUUUUAUAUAUCUCAUCUCAUUUGUAGCAGCGGAAAUACCUCAAUACUAUAAAAAUUACCAGUCAGAAUAAUUUAUUAAUAAAAUAAAAUAAUAGUCGCAGGAUGUAUGUUGUGCAAUUUCUCUGAAUAACGUUAACAUCUGGUUAAUCCUCACUGCUCGAGUAUUCUUUGAAUAACAGGCCUGGGGUAGAGGCAGGGUUGACUGCUAUAAAAGGACUAUAAAAUGCUCUGAGAGUUACAUGUAUUAUUUUCAAGCACGGUAGUCUGGGAGAGGGUACAGAUAAACAGAGGAUGUUUUUGGUCUAGUGAUUAGAGUCUCAUUUAUGGGAUAUUGUUCGUCAUAGUAAUAAUUUUUUAUUAUGGUUGGAAGAAACAAGCUAAUUGCAGCGUGCAAAGAAGGUGGUGUCCGAUAGCCUGGGGCUAGUGGGUUUUGCUAUCGAGCUGGUGAAUUCUGUUCAUAACUUGCCCAAUUGGCAAGUGAUUUUUUGGGAGAAUGCAAAUUACAGAAGAGCUGCUAUCAAUCCUGCUCACCAAUUUUUUCCUCAGGCUAGUUGAAAUGACUUUCAGGCUAGUACAUGCUAUGUACAGCUUGCCCGAAUGGCACCCUGUAAUUCUGGUUAAUAACUAGUCUGGGAUUGGGUAGGGAUGUGGAAUCACAUGUUCUUUUGUUGGUGUCGACAGAUGAAUCGACUGAUAUCAGUUGCUUUUUUGGUCAGUUGUGGUAGAGUGUCGGACAAUUCUUGGCUGAGUCUUGCUGAGUCAGCCACUACAGUCUUUCGGUCAGUCAACCUUAGAUCAUUUCUUUGCUUAUCAAUUACUAACAGUUCACCAAUAUAUCACCGACACUUGGUCGACAUAACGGCCAAUACCCAGCCCCGGUCGACUGUCGUUUGACAUUUUGGUCUGUAAUAUUGACCGAUUCUCGACAGACUCUUAACUGACACUCAAUCAAUAUAGCGACCAAUAUGUUGACUGACAGACAACCAAGAUGUCUGCCAAUACAUGAAAAUAGUCUGUGAUUUAGUGACUGAUCUAUGGAAUCAGCUGCAGCUGAUGUAUAACAACCAAUAGUGUCCACCACGAGUUAGUUGACAGGUACCUUGUGUCACAGGGAAAGGCGAGGGGACGUGGUUGUACAAGCGAUGCCGAUUGUCGACCGAUACACCAACGAUACCUUACCAUUAUACUCGACUGAUGAUUCACCGAUACAUUGCCAACACUGACUACCGAUGCUAUUGUGACAGGCUAUUGUUUGAUCUGUCAGAUGAACAUUUGACCGAUACUUAACC